AUGCGAUGUAUCCGGCCGAAUGCGUCCAGUUCAACCAAAGACUCUAAUGAGCCUUGCGAGCGCUGCAGACGCACGAACCGUGCCUGCAAUAUUCCCUCCCCGCGCCCACUAGGUCGAAAGCGAGGGGCAGUUGGUCGAUAUCAUGGAUUCGAAAAAGCCUAUCGAAAGAUGCAGGCGGAGCUGAAGAAAGCACGCGUGUCGACGGAUAAAGCCUCUGAGAUUCAAACCUUAUCUCCUGGGCGAGAUGAAACUGAAAUGCUCGACCUCCUACUAUCAAAUAUACACAAAAAUGACCAGGGCAAUGGCGACUGGGAGCUACCUGCCGAGAACAGGAGAGCUGGUCACCAAAAGCCACUAUCACCCAGUUCAAGCACGGUCAAUGCAAGUGGUCCACCGGCAUCGGAAUCGAAUCAAAGCCCAAAUGUGACUACACCUUAUGCUCCUGAGACCAUCACCUCGCACGUGAGCCUGGAACCGGUUAGCAACCCACUGGCUCUUAUGGCAGAAGCUGCCGGUGCUGCACAGGCACUGGAAACACAAGCUGGCCCAACAGAUCUAUCACCAGCUUCAAAUUUUGAGUCCGUUUCUGGAGAUGGCGAGGGCAUAGGUCGAUAUCUGCUCCACCGACCCGGUUACGUUUCUCUUGGACUUCACCUAGAUCGCAAGGUUCUCGAAAGUGGAAUUGAUGCAUUAUUCGCCCCUUCAAUGGAGUCCGAUCGAUACUCGAAUUAUUUUCGAUCGCCUGAUGCGAAUCCUCCGCGAGAUAUUGGCCCAGAUUUAGAUCCAGUAGACUUGGGAUUGGUAUCAAUGGAAGAGGCCUAUGCCCUAUUUCCAGUCUAUUUCUCCCGCCUUCAUUUGAUCAACGGAAUCCUCGAUCCCAUGUUACACACUCCGGACUAUGUUCGAUCCCGAUCCUCCCUCUUGUUCACCUGGAUUCUUGCUCUCACGGCGCAAUUCGAUCAUGGCUCGGGGCAUCUCGCCAAAAGGCUACGACUUCAUGGGGAGAAGCUAUCUCGACAUGUUCAUACUUGUGGCUAUAAGACGGUGGAGAUUGUCCAGGGGUACUAUAUCUCCCUCUUGUCAGCAACGCCUGCGAACACAUUAUCCGAAGAGCGAUCAUGGUUAUACACCAUGUAUGCUUUUGGAGUAGCAGCAGAACUGGGGCUCGAUCAAGAGUGCAGAACGCGUGACCAGAAGGAAUUUGACCCCUACAAUACGCAAAAUCGAUUACCUGAAGGCGCCCAAUCUCAGCGCCUCCUCACCUUCGGAGAGCGCCCUGCAGCAAAUUCUGAAACUCCUGACAGUCCCUCAUUGGAAGAUCGAAACUAUCUUCAGCGACUGGCUCGCAAUAGAGAGCGCACCUGGCUACGGAUUCUGCUUUGGGAGCGAGCAAAUAGUGCAGCUUGUGGCCGGAUAAAUGCCUUCCCUGAGACAGAGCUGACCUGCAACAUCGAGAACUGGUGGAUGCACCCGCUGGCCGAUUCGACCGAUAAGCACACCUGUGCAUUCAUCCUUCUUCGCCGUCAUCUAGCCACCCUCCAAAGUGAGAUAAGACGUCAGGCAAAUAUACCGCAUUCAGACCCUCACUGGGUGCGCGAUCUCGUGAACACUGUUUUCGAGCCGUGGCGAGCGACUUGGCUGCCGUCUCCAAACACUAUCUUACCCCAGCCUGAGGAGCUUCCAAACCUUUACCUUUAUUAUGUCUACGUUCAUAAUCGGCUGUGGACACUAUCUUCCGCGCUCAAUAUUUCUGCCAACAGCGAUCGUGAUCUAGACGUCGUUCGCGAGGACUGCUUCGAUGCCGCUAUACACUGUUGCGAAGUUGCCGUACGAGACCUACCAGUCGUUGGAGAACCAAUGUACUGUAUGCUUUCUCCAACGUGGGCGAUGAUUUCUUAUGCGGCUGUACUAGCUCUCAAGCUUUUCCCAUAUCUACAUGGGUCACGCCCAGGGUAUGAGGUCGAGCUACUUGCAUUGCUAGCACAAGUUGCAUUGCAAUUGAAACGCGCAGGGACUACCCCGUCUCAUCGAUUUGGAAUUGCUGCGCUACUUGGCCAGCACUUACUAGUCAUCCUGCGAGCAAGAGCAUCUAUGCUUAAAGAUGUCGUCCCCAUUCCUGAGGUACAAUCAGUAGCGCCGCAGCAUAUUAACGGAACUAACCCUGAUCCGGGCUACCAUCUGGGAGGAAAUUUGCCUAACUGCACAGCAUCAAUGGAGAUAUUAUCGGGUGCCCAUGUGGAUAAUCCACUGGUGUCAAGCUAUGACCCGUUCUUGACGACAGCUACUAUGAGCACAGAGACAGACCUUGGUGAGGAAGGAUUCACAGAUCUUUUGCGAGAGAUCUUUGGUCCAGGAUUUGGCGACGUGUUUUAA